ACAAGAAAAUUUUGCAACAAAAAAAAAGGUUGAAGAAGACUGGAAGAGCUGGAGUGACGCCGAAGAAAUCAAGCACCAUUUUUAUUAGUUUCUUGUGUUGUUGAGCAAAAGCAUUUUGCACAAACAAAACAAUCUCUCUUCACUUUAAGUCUUUCAGUGAAGAGCAAUUUGAUUUUUAUUUUGAGCAACAUCCCCGAUGUCGAUCUUCGAGUACAAUGGGAGUGCACUGAUCGCAAUGGUGGGCAAGAACUGCUUUGCCAUAGCCAGCGAUCGGCGCCUUGGUGUUCAGCUCCAGACCGUCGCCACCGACUUCAAGAGAAUCAACCAAGUCCACGAUAGGCUCUUCAUCGGUCUCUCUGGCCUCGCCACCGAUGCUCAGACUCUGUAUCAAAGGCUUAUGUUUCGCCACAAGCUGUACCAGCUUAGGGAGGAGAGGGACAUGAAGCCCGAGACUUUUGCCAGCCUCGUCUCCGCUAUUCUUUAUGAGAAAAGGUUUGGCCCAUACUUCUGUCAGCCUGUAAUUGCUGGGUUAAGUGAUGAAGACAGACCAUUCAUCUGCACCAUGGAUUCAAUUGGGGCCAAGGAACUAGCAAAAGAUUUUGUUGUUGCUGGUACUGCAUCAGAGUCCCUUUAUGGUGCUUGUGAGGCAAUGUUCAAGCCUGAUAUGGAAGCAGAGGAGUUGUUUGAGAUUGUCUCUCAAGCAUUGCUUUCAUCAGUAGAUCGAGACUGUCUGAGUGGUUGGGGAGGCCACGUCUUUGUUGUUACACCAACUGAAGUGAAGGAGAGAAUCUUGAAGGGAAGAAUGGAUUGACCUUGCCACAUGGCUUGUAGUGAUACCUCCUACCUUUCGUUCAGGCCUGCAUUUUUCCCUCGUGUUUAUGUAGCUUUGACUUGAAUGGGCAGCCAUAAGUUUUAUUGGUGAUCAAAGGCCCCUUGUAAUGUGGUGAUUAGAUUUAAUGUACUUUGACGAUUAUAGACAAUGGGGUCAUUUGAUUUAUAUUAGGUCACUUUGGGAAAAUGUUGGGAAUCCAGAUGUGCUUUUGAAGUUGGUCAGUUGUUAUGCUCGUGAAUGUUUCUAAAGAAGUUGCACAUUUAUGCAGUUCUAUUUGCCUUUUCGUUUUC